CAACAUGGCGGCCGCUGCACGAAGAUUACGGCGUUAGCAGAUAAUUAUGCUUUAGUUCUAGAAAAACGUUUAACGUUUGUCUAUUUUGUGUUUAAAGUUAGUGUAGUGUAAUGUAUUAGCUUUGGUUUACCGACCAAAAAAGAAUUGUGGCGUCUAACACUGAAAGUGUGAUGUUAUUGGACAUUAAAGAUGUCGGCAAUGUGGAAGCUAGAAAAGGACUUGUGCCGAUGUUGUCACGCGGAGGGAUCCUUUAAACAUCUAUCGGAUCCCUGCUUCCUUUUGGGGCAGGAGGAAAUCUACUCCAUCAUGUUGCAAGAUUGUCUAGAUAUCAAGAUUGUCCCCAUGACGGGGCCCCUUUGCGACGCCACAUACACAAUAUGCGAGUCAUGUGUGGUGCGGCUCCGAGACGCCUCCAACUUCAAGCGCCAGGUGCAGGACUGCGAGGAGCGCUUCAAGGAAAUGUACAGCAAGAACAUGAUUAAAGGGUUUGAAGUGAAAGACGAGCCGUUUGAGUCUGACGCUGACAUGAAGCAAGAAUUCCAAAGCAUUGAAGAGGACGAAGAUGAUGAUGAUGCCUUCAUGAAGUUUGAUGAUGACGACGCUUCCUCGUACGAAGAGCACGAAGAGCACGAAGAGAUGAUCACCGUUGAGGUCGAGGCCGAGCCGCGAGCCAAGGGCAAGGGUAAGGGCAAGGCCAAGCCCAAGCCCAAGUCGAAGAAGGCCCCCGCCAAGAAAACCAAGACCAAGGAGAAAUCUAUCAAGGAGGAGACGGAGGAUCUGACCGAGGCAGCGGUGAGCGGGGAGAAGAAGAAAGAUGAAGAAAAGCAUCAAAUGAAAGCCUGCUUCAAGUGCAAGAAGAUACGGAAAGUAGAAGAGCUGGGCGACACCAAGACCUGUCCGGACUGCGCCACUGGCCUCACCAACUGCGUCGUGAGGCUGGUCAGAGAGCAGCUCCAAGCGGGGCCUGUCACCAACUUCUUCAUCACCACGGAAGAAUCAGUUGACAACGGGCAGGCUAAAUCAGAGCCUCAGGCGGCCGGGAGCUCCGCUUCGGACGCGGCGCCGGCCAGCGUGCUGCGCGACUUCCUGCUGAGAGGACUCGCCGGUAAUUCAAAAAAAGAUGAAAAUGAAAGUGGAAAAACCGUAGAUAAUCAAAAAGUGGAAAAAGAAGACUCCGACGAUAGUUUAGAAAGCUUAGAUAUGAAAAUGGAAGAUUUCGAGGUGUACGGCUGUAUGGAAUGUCAGAAAACAUUCAAUAAGAAGUCCGGCCUCCAGAAACACAUACGAAACCUCCACCGAAAGGUUUUACUGAAGUGUCCCGACUGCGGAGACAGUUUCCCUACGAAGAGAACACUGCAGAAUCACGCGAAGAAAGUGCACGACAAAAACACCGAGCCCGAGAAAGGACGGAAAAAGAAAAGGAUACACAAGUCAAAAUACAAAAACCUGUUUAAGGUCGUCCAUGGAGAGGAACUGAAGUACGUUUGCUGCCAGUGUGACUUUGAGAGUAAAAAACGACCUGAGCUGCUUAUACACAUCCGAUGGAAUCACGACAGUCACAUCAAGAAUCUGACUUGUCCGACGUGUGAUGAAGUUUUUACCGACAUAAAACUGCUCCAAGAACACAAAAGCCAACCGCAUGACGCGAAGUAUUCGUGUGAACAUUGCGAAUUAAAAUUCACAAAAAAACUACUGCUGGCAAAACACAAUAACCAUCAUCAUGGUCUUGUGAAAUGUUAUUUUUGUCCGAAAAUAUUCCCGAAAGUGGAAGUAAAAAGGCACGUGGAGGACGUUCACAAAGACAUCCCGACAUGCGGAGUGUGUGGUUUCACAGCUCUAACAGAAGGCGCUAUAAUAAGACACCAACGGAGGCUGCAUUUGAAAGAGAAAAAUGUGACGUGCUCUGUUUGUGAAUUUAAAUGCUUUGGCAACGCACAGUUGGCGAGACACAUGAUAACCCAUAAGGUGGACAAGGUCUACAUGUGCAGGUUUUGCAAGAAGACGUUCCCGCGGCGGACGGCGUGCCGGAUACACGAGAUGAUACACACAGGGGAGAAAAAUAAAGUGUGUGAAGUGUGCGGCGCCAAGUUUGUACAAAAAGCGAGCCUCAACUAUCACAUGUUAAAGCACCAUCCCGACCAUGUUUGAUUUGUUUAAACAGUAUUGCACACUACAAAAGGACGAAAAAGGAUCCACAAGUCGAGCUCGAAAUACCAAAAACUGUUCAAGGUCGUCCAUGGAGAGGAACUAAAGUAUAUUUGCUGCCAGUGUGACUUUGAGAGUCAUGAUCGAGCUGAGUUGAUAACGCACAUCCGCAG